AACUUAGAACGGACUGAGAAGAUAAUGGACCCUGGAAAUCACUCCUUAGUGACUGAGUUCAUCCUUGCUGGGCUCACAGAACAGCCACAACUCCAGCUGCUCUUUUUCUUCCUCUUCCUAGGAAUCUAUGUGGUCACAGUGGUGGGGAACUUGGGCAUGAUCACACUGAUUGGGCUCAGUUCUCACCUGCACACCCCAAUGUAUUACUUCCUCAUCAACCUGUCCUUUAUUGACUUCUGUCAUUCCACUGUCAUAACCCCCAAAAUGCUGGUGAGUUUUGUGACAGAGAAAAAUAUUAUCUCCUACACUGAAUGCAUGACUCAGCUCUAUUUCUUCAUCAUUUUUAUCAUUGCAGAGGGUUACAUGUUGGCUGUAAUGGCAUUUGACCGCUAUGUUGCCAUCUGUAACCCCUUGCUUUACAAUGUCAUCAUGUCUUACCACAUCUGCUUCCGUCUCACAGUGGGAGUUUAUAUUUUGGGCUUCAUCGGGUCUACAAUCCAUACAGGUUUUAUGUUGAGAAUCUUUUUCUGCAAGAACAAGAUGGUUAACCAUUAUUUCUGUGAUCUUUUCCCACUCUUGGAGCUAUCCUGUUCUAGCACCUACAUCAACAAAGUAUUGGUUCUAGUCUUGAGUGCAUUUAACAUUGUGACACCUUCCUUAACCAUCCUUGCUUCCUACAUCUUCAUUCUCUCCAGCAUCCUCCAAAUCCACUCUAUUGAGGGCAGGUCCAAAGCCUUCAGCACAUGUAGUUCUCACAUUUCAGCUGUUGCUGUUUUUUCUGGAUCUGCGACAUUUACAUACCUACAGCCAUCAUCUGUGAGCUCCAUGGAUCAAGGAAAAGUGUCCUCUGUGUUUUAUACCUGCAUUGUACCCAUGCUGAAUCCUCUGAUUUACAGUCUGCGUAACAAGGAUGUCAAACUUGCCCUGAAAAAAUUCUGGAGAUUGAAAAACGUGUAUGAAUAG